GUAUAAGAUUCCUAUAAAUAUAGAGUAAAAGAAUAAUACAAUGUAAUUAUAAAGACUUAUCGAUUUUCCUUUUUUUUAUUGAAAAUUAUUUGUUGUAAUCUAAUAUAUUAGAAAAAUAGGACUGCACUACUUAUGUCAUACGACACGUCGCUAUACGCUCGUGUCAUCUAUCUGUCAGUGACUGUCAAUUUUGUAUAUUUUGUAUCGAAGACCACUGUAGCAUUUUUACUAUUUUGUACCUUCAAAUAUUGUAAUAAUAUAAAGCCCACAAUAUUACUAUAUUCUCAUCACACUCUUGACCAAUGCGUUUGAAAAAUCAUCACAAGAAGACAUCGAACUAUACUGCUAAACAACAUAAACCUAACCUUCAUUUUCCAGGAUUUAUUUUAGAUGCGACAAACAGUUUUCUUCUAGUUAAAAUAUAUAAAGUUAAAAACCACGGCGUCGAAACGAUUUGAAGAAUCUGCCCGUUUGGAAGCAGACCAUCGAUACAAGGUAAGGUGAUAAAUAUUGCAAAUCCAAAACUUUAAGUUUAGUUGGCGCCAAAGUUGUUUAUUUAUUUACCAUAUGAUUGCAUAGUUAUCUUUAUGAGAAUAAUGUUUAUUUUUUUAACCGUCAUUAGUUUAAAAACCUCACUGGCUGUUUUAUUGGUGAAAUUAAUUAAACCAAAAACAAAUUAUAAAGUUAAAUUUGCCUUUUAUUUUCAGAUGCCAGCAGCUAGUUUUGGCUCAUUGUCUCAGCUACCAGCAAAUGGGGAUUGUGGAAUAAAAGAUGUGUGGAACCAUAACCUCCAUGAAGAAUUUCAAAUCAUUAGACAGGUAGUCCAAAAAUAUCAUUGGGUGGCAAUGGACACUGAAUUCCCAGGUGUAGUAGCUCGUCCUAUUGGUGAAUUCAGGUCCACAGCAGACUACCAAUAUCAGCUUUUAAGAUGUAAUGUUGAUCUCUUAAGAAUUAUACAAUUAGGUCUCACAUUUAUGGAUGAAAAUGGUAAAACUCCCCCUGGAUAUACCACAUGGCAAUUCAACUUCAAAUUUAACUUACAAGAAGACAUGUACGCACAGGAUUCAAUAGAUCUCCUCCAGAAUUCUGGACUACAAUUUAGAAAACAUGAAGAAGAUGGUAUAGAGCCAUUAGAAUUUGCUGAAUUACUCAUGUCAUCUGGUCUUGUUCUAAUGGAUAAUAUAAAAUGGUUGAGUUUUCAUUCAGGAUAUGAUUUUGGUUACCUAUUAAAACUAUUGACUGACCAAAACUUACCACAAGAUGAAAAUGAUUUUUUUGAGAGUUUACGACUGUAUUUUCCAACUGUUUAUGAUGUCAAGUACCUAAUGAAAUUAUGCAAGAAUUUAAAAGGAGGCCUACAGGAAGUAGCAGACCAACUUGAACUGAGGCGUGUUGGACCACAACACCAAGCAGGCUCUGAUUCCCAUUUAACGGGCAUGGCAUUUUUUAAAAUAAAAGAGAUCUUCUUUGAUGACAACAUUGAAAGUUCCAGUGGCCAUCUAUACGGCCUAGGCGCGCCAUUCUCCGUCAAUGUUAACAACUUCCAAGACAAUGGUGAAAACGGAAACUCGUCCUGAUCUGGCGAUUCCGCAUGCUUAGGCAGACUCACGCCACAGUGCGUGUUUCACCUUACAGAAUAAACCCUUUGCAUGCAUAAAUUCUUACAUUUAUAUAGCAACUACGUGGUAAACAUUUUAGAACCAAAUCUUAAAAAGGGAGGAUGGAUCCGUACCGAAACCGAUACCGAUAUAUCGAUGAUAUCGCGAGCUUUUAGAUAUAUCGGAAUCGGCGAUAUUAAUUUGCCGAUGCACCAAUAUAUACACGCAUGGGAUCACCACGUUAUAUUUUUUUCUUUGACUUGCACUGCCCCAACCAACAAGCGAAUUGGACAUCACAUACCCCAAUUCGCUAGUUGAUUUUCGCUUUGAUAUUUCUAAGUAGUUGUGAUUAUGACGUGAUUUUUUAGUUUUUAUACCUUACAUGCUUUCUUUGAAUCUUCACUGUCCAUAUCGUCGAUACAUUUUUAUAAAUAUCGGUAUCGUACCGGUCGCAGCGCAUAUCAAUGCAAACUUAAUCAUAAGUCAUGUUUCCCACCACUAAGCAUUAUUGUUCGACAUCAAUUUUUCUAAUAAUAAAAUGUUUACUUAUUAGUUCCUAUUACCUAAUAAAGCAAUGUACUGUACAUUAUUAUUUUAAAUGAACAAACUAGAUUUAGAUUAUCAGGCUAAACUCUAUAUUUCGAGAUUGUAAAUAAAAAUCGCGUGUAAAUAAUGUUUUCCAGAUUGAUAUUUCGAGACUGUUUUUAUGACGAAAGUACAUCAAUAUUUAUAAUGAAUUAAAAUUAUAUGUUUUCAUUAGCAAAUAACGUGAAAUUUAUUAAUGCCCAAAUAAUUUUUGACAAUUUGAUAUAUACGAUUAUUAAAUAUUAAUAGAUUGAAUUUUAUACGCGAUAGAUUAAGAAAUGUUUAUUAUUCUUUUUAAGAUUUUACAAUAUAAGUAUUACGAUAAAAUAUGUAACUUUCUUUUGUAAUUAAUAAGUUUAGUAUAUAUAUAUUUUUUGAGAUUGGCGAAGAUGAAAAUAUAGUAUCAUAAUUGCGACGCCUUUUUUUCUGUCCAACAUUCUUAAUUUGUUUCAUAUUUAUUAUUAUUUCCUAAUAUAAAAUAAUCUAUAUCAUAAGAUACGAAAAUAAAUUAUAGUAUAUGCGUCUGAAUCGAAAAAAAGUUAAAUAUUUUUUUAUUACGAUCAUAUAAAAGCUUUGGAAUAAUGCCUAUAAUUUAAAAGCUUUGGAAUAGUACAAAUAUUUUAUUUUUUAACACUAUGUCGCUUUCGUGUUCAAGUGUUAAAAAAAACUUUUCAAACGCAAUGCCAUUUUUGUCAGAUCGGAUGUGACGGAAAUGUGUACACGUAUAAGGAUGUCAUUGUAACAAAAAGUUAACAUCGAUGCAAUUACACAAUACAUUGAUUAACGCAAAACAAAACCAGUUUUAAUAUAAAUGAUGUUUUAGGCUUUUAUUUAUAUUUCACCAAUUUUAUGUUUUUUAGUUAUGGCCUAAGUAGAGACACGAGAAUCAAGAGACUGAACGGUAGUUAAAAUUAACCAGUUCUUUGAGAUUGUUCUUUCUCUACUAAAAAAAGGACAACACAAAAGCAAACAUCACUAUAACUACGGUAUAC